UAAACUCGUACAACUCGCUCUCUUUUUCUCUCUCUUCCUCUGCUCUUCGAUUCGGAGUUUGGUUCUUCUUCGGCCAUUCAUACGGUUAACUUGGAUUUAAAAAUACUAGGGUUCUAGAUCGUCCCUUCCGUGGAAGAUCUUUGUAUCCGCCUGAUUCAUUGUCUUAGACGCUGGGUUUAGACUGGCAGAUGGGAGUGAGACAGAAGAUAAGGAGCUCCAUUUCUUAUGGCUGCGUUUCUGUUUCUUGCUAAUUAUGAGAUGAUCAUAUCUGAAUUACUUUUAAUAUUUUCAAGAAGUUUUGGCUCCUGGAGAUUAGAGGAAGCUAUCACAGCUGCUGAUAUUUGUUGAUAAGGGAAGGUUGAUCUUCAGCCAUGCCUUCUCUUCAACUUUUGCAAUUAACUGAGCAUGGUAGAGGUUUUGUGGCUUCGAGAAGGAAAACUCUACUUCUUGCCACUGGUAUCCUAGCUGCUGGAGGAACUGCUGCAUAUGUUCAAUCAAGGUUUAGCUGUAGAAAGCCCAAUUCUUUUAGUCAUUAUAAUGGGCUUAAUGAUGCUAAACAAAAAUCAGAGAAGGUGCCUAGGGAUGACAAUAAUGUAAAGAAAACGAAACGAAAGAAAGGAGGAUUGAAGUCAAUUCAAGUCCUUGCUGGAGUCCUACUGUUUGAGAUGGGAAAAAUGGGUACGAGGGACCUCUUAGCUUUACUGGCCAUGGUGGUGUUGCGAACUGCUUUAGGAAACAGGCUGGCAAAAGUGCAGGGAUUUUUAUUCCGCGCUGCUUUUCUUCGACGUGUACCAUUAUUUUUCCGGUUGAUUUCUGAAAAUAUUAUAUUAUGUUUUCUUCUUUCAGCCAUGCAUUCGACCUCAAAUUACAUUACAGGGACCCUUAGUUUGCGGUUCAGAAAGAUAUUGACGAGACUUAUCCAUGCUCAUUAUUUUGAGAAUAUGGCUUAUUACAAAAUAUCACAUGUUGAUGGACGGAUAAAUAAUCCUGAACAACGAAUUGCAAGUGAUGUACCAAGGUUCUGUUCAGAGUUGAGUGAGCUUGUACAGGAUGAUCUAACCGCAGUGACUGAUGGUCUGCUCUAUACUUGGCGUCUAUGUUCUUAUGCCAGCCCCAAAUAUGUCUUCUGGAUUUUGGCCUACGUAGCAGGAGCAGGGGCCAUGAUUAGAAACUUUUCUCCUGCUUUUGGGAAACUUAUGUCUGAAGAACAACAAUUGGAAGGAGACUAUCGACAACUCCAUUCACGAUUAAGGACACAUGCAGAAAGUAUAGCAUUUUAUGGCGGAGAAAGGAGAGAAGAAUCUCAUAUUCAGCAGAAGUUUAAAACCCUGAUUAGGCACAUGAGUGUUGUCCUUCAUGAUCAUUGGUGGUUUGGCAUGAUUCAGGAUUUCUUACUAAAGUAUCUUGGUGCUACAGUUGCCGUUAUCUUAAUCAUUGAGCCCUUCUUUUCUGGCCAUCUGCGACCUGACACUUCAACCAUUGGUCGUGCAGAGAUGUUGAGCAAUUUAAGAUACCAUACGAGUGUUAUAAUUUCACUAUUUCAGUCUCUUGGGACUCUUUCUAUUAGUUCAAGACGACUUAAUCGUCUCAGUGGUUAUGCUGACCGCAUUCAUGAGUUAAUCAUCACAUCAAGAGAGCUAAGUAUGGUUAAUGAUAAAUCUUCUCCGCAGAGAGAUGGGAGCUCUAAUUACAUUAGUGAAGCUAAUUACAUUGAGUUUGCUGGUGUCAAGGUUGUUACCCCCUCUGGUAAUGUCUUGGUGGAUGAUUUGUCUCUUAGGGUUGAAUCAGGAUCUAAUCUUUUGAUUACAGGUCCCAAUGGUAGUGGAAAGAGCUCACUUUUUCGAGUUUUAGGAGGCCUCUGGCCUCUGGUAUCUGGCCACAUUGCGAAACCUGGGGUUGGUUCUGAUCUUAAUAAGGAGAUUUUCUAUGUGCCACAACGACCAUACACUGCUGUAGGAACACUUAGGGAUCAGUUAAUUUAUCCUCAUACUGUAGAUCAAGAGGUUGAGCCUCUCACUCCUAGUGAAAUGGUGGAGCUAUUGAAAAAUGUUGACCUUGAGUACCUGUUAGAGCGUUACCCACCUGAAAAAGAGAUUAACUGGGGAGAUGAACUAUCUCUGGGCGAGCAACAAAGAUUGGGGAUGGCCAGACUGUUCUACCAUAAGCCUAAAUUUGCAAUUCUUGAUGAGUGCACGAGUGCAGUCACAACUGAUAUGGAGGAACGCUUUUGCGCGAAAGUCCGAGCAAUGGGAACAUCAUGCAUAACUAUAUCACAUCGACCAGCACUAGUUGCAUUUCAUGACGUGGUGUUGUCUUUGGAUGGUGAAGGAGGCUGGAGUGUUCAUUUUAAAAUAGAAGAUUCUCCUGUCCUUAGCGAAGCAGAUAUAACUAUGGUGAAGAGUCCUGACACAGAACGCCAGAGUGGUGCAAUGGCUGUACAACGAGCAUUUGCGACAGCUGGAAAGGUUAAAAUUUUAAAUUUCAGUUGUUGUCAUGGCUGUCUUCUUUUAUACCAUUGUACUUUAUACAACCCUUCAAUUCUUUGUGUCCAGAAUUCUACUCGCUCAAGUUCCAAAGCACAAUCAUACAUAACUGAGGUGAUAGCAGUGUCUCCUCCUGUGAAUGAAACAGUUCCAUUGGCAGUGUUUCCACAAAUCCAAAUGACUCCAAGGUUAUUGUCAUUGAGAGUAGCUGCCAUGUUCAAAAUACUGGUACCAACAUUACUUGAUAGACAAGGAGCACAAUUCCUUGCGGUUGCUCUUCUCGUUGUAUCAAGAACAUGGAUCUCUGAUCGAAUUGCCUCACUGAAUGGAACCACCGUGAAGUUUGUUUUGGAGCAGGAUAAGGCAUCCUUUAUUCGGCUAAUUGGUGUUAGUGUUCUUCAAAGUGCUGCUUCUUCUUUCGUUGCACCUUCUUUAAGGCACUUGAAAGCCAGGCUGGCCCUUGGGUGGAGGAUCCGUUUGACUCAACAUUUACUGAAGAACUAUUUGAGAAAUAAUGCAUUUUAUAAGGUCUUUCAAAUGUCAAGCAAAAAUAUUGAUGCAGAUCAGAGAAUAACUCAUGAUCUGGAAAAGUUGACCACUGAUUUGUCGGGACUGGUUACUGGAAUGGUAAAGCCAUCUGUGGACAUUCUCUGGUUCACGUGGAGAAUGAAGCUGUUAACAGGUCAGAGGGGAGUUGCCAUAUUGUAUGCCUAUAUGUUACUGGGUCUGGGUUUUCUAAGAACUGUUGCUCCUGACUUCGGUGAUCUGGCAAGUAAAGAACAACAACUUGAAGGAACCUUUAGGUUCAUGCAUGAAAGACUGCGCACUCAUGCUGAAUCUGUUGCUUUCUUUGGGGGUGGUGCUCGAGAAAAAGCUAUGAUUGAGUCGAGAUUCAGGGAGCUUCUCAAUCACUCCAUGUCACUUUUGAAAAAGAAAUGGCUGUUUGGCAUGCUUGAUGAUUUUACCACAAAGCAACUCCCACAUAAUGUGACUUGGGGGUUGAGCUUGUUAUAUGCCAUGGAACACAAGGGUGACCGAGCGUUGGUUUCUACUCAGGGUGAGCUGGCACAUGCAUUGCGGUUCUUAGCUUCUGUUGUAUCUCAAAGCUUUUUAGCUUUUGGUGACAUUCUUGAAUUGCAUAAAAAAUUCCUUGAGCUCUCUGGUGGCAUUAACCGAAUUUUUGAGCUUGAAGAGCUUCUACAUGCUGCACAGUCUGCGGACUCUAUGUCUGAUAUCAAGUCACCAUUAGACAGGAGAGAUCAUUACUCUGAAGACAGCAUUUCCUUCUUUGAAGUGGAUACCAUUACCCCAGCACAGAAAAUGUUGGCUAGGCAGUUGACAUGUGACAUAGUACCAGGGAAAAGCCUGCUUGUUACUGGUCCAAAUGGGAGUGGGAAAAGUUCAGUCUUCAGAGUCCUUAGAGGUCUAUGGCCUGUUGUAAGCGGAAGACUCACUAAACCAUCCCAAGGUAUCGAUGAAGUGGCCGGAUCUGGCUGUGGUGUUUUCUAUGUUCCUCAGCGACCUUACACAUGCUUAGGAACCCUGAGGGAUCAAAUUAUAUAUCCUCUCUCCUAUGAGGAGGCGGAAUUGAGGGCAUUAAAGUUGUAUGGAAAAGGUCAAAACACUCCUGACACCAAGAUUGUACUGGAUUCAUGCUUGAAAACUAUUUUGGAGAAUGUUCGAUUAAAUUAUCUUUUGGAUAGAGAUGAAGGUGGUUGGGAUGCUAGUCUAAAUUGGGAAGAUACUCUUUCUCUUGGAGAACAGCAGAGAUUGGGCAUGGCACGCUUAUUCUUUCACAAGCCUAAAUUUGGCAUCCUUGAUGAGUGCACCAACGCAACCAGUGUUGAUGUCGAAGAACACCUUUAUAGGCUUGCAACAAAUUUGGGCAUCACAGUUGUUACCUCCUCACAACGUCCGGCCCUAAUACCAUUCCAUUCCAUGGAAUUACGGCUAAUUGAUGGUGAGGGCAACUGGGAACUUCGUUUGAUCAAGCGAUGAAUUCCAACUCUGCUAGCAUCUGCAGUCGUGACUUCCUUUUUUUGGCUGUUCUAUUCUUACAAAAUGCAGUGGGAACAAGACAACGUUGGCUUUGCCAAUCAAAGGUAUUGAUAUUUUCUGGUACUACUGCCAAUUAUUGUGCGCUAUACAUGAUCUUGCAUUUCUUUUGGGAGGGUGGGGGGCAAAGCAGAAGAUAGUCAGAUCAAUCCAAAUUGCAGAAACUGUUAGUAGACAGUGGCAUUAAGAAUCUGUACAGUUUUUUUUUUUUCCUUCUCUUUCUUCCUUUACCCUUUCUGUUAACCAUAUGUUGUAAGAAAUCGAAAUCUGUCAUAUUGAUUAGCCCCCAUUAAUAAAAUUUCACAAGAAAAGGUCAUUACUUGUUAGCAUCUUA